AUGUCAGCUGCAAGUGAAUCUAAAUAUUCUACUGAAGUGCUUUCAGAAUUAUUAGGUAAAUUACAAGUUGCUGAUAAUAAAGAUGAAGCUGCUUCAAACAUUGCUUCAUUUUUAAAUUCAUCAAUUGUUGAACAUGAUACUCCUGUUGAAUUCUUCAAUGAUUUACAAAAACAAAUCAAUGGUAAAGAUGCUAUCCCAGCUUUGUCUGCUUAUGCUCACAUUGCUUCAUCAAAUGCUUUAUCUCCAACUAUCGAACCAUUAGUUGUUGAGUUAGUUACUGAUGUUGCUGCUAAAGCUGGUGACAAAAACAAAGAUGUUCAAGUCGCUGCUUCAGAUGCUUUAUUAGCCAUCUCAACUGCUAUUACUCCAACUUCAAUCAAAGUUAUCUUACCAAAAUUAUUAAAGAGUUUAGUUGAAACUAACAAAUGGACCGAAAAAGUUGCUAUUUUAAGAUCUGUUUCUCAAUUAGUUGAUACUGCUAAAGCUCAAAUUGCUUUAAGAAUGCCGGAAUUAAUUCCAGUCUUAUCUGAAGCUAUGUGGGAUACCAAAAAAGAAGUUAAAGAAGCUGCCACUGCUACUAUGACCAAAUCCACUGAAACCAUUGAUAACAAAGAUAUCGAAAAAUUCAUUCCAAAAUUAAUUGAAUGUAUUGCUAAACCAACUGAAGUUCCAGAAACCGUUCAUUUAUUAGGUGCUACCACUUUCGUUUCUGAAGUUACCAUGGCUACUUUAUCUAUCAUGGCUCCUUUAUUAUCUAGAGGUUUAGCUGAAAGAGAAACUGCUAUUAAGAGAAAAUCUGCUGUUAUUGUUGAUAACAUGUGUAAAUUAGUCGAUGAUCCACAAGUUGUUGCUCCUUUCAUGGAUAAAUUAUUACCAGCUUUAAAAGCUAACUUCUCAACCAUUGCUGAUCCAGAAGCUAGAGAAGUUACCCAAAGAGCUUUAAACACUUUAAGAAGAGUUGGUGCUGUUGGUGAAGGUGAUGUUAUCCCAGAAGUUUCUACUGCUGGUGAUGUUUCAGUCACUUUAGAUAUCUUUAAAAAAUUAAUCAAAGAUCAAAAAGUUGAUGAAAAAAGAUUUGCUCCAGUCUUAACUUAUAUUGCUGCUAUUGGUGGUGAUUUAGUUGAUGAAAGAGAUAUCCACCCAGGUUCUUGGACUACCAACGUUUUACCAUUUGCUACUAUCUUCUUACACGAAAAAGAAGCUCAAGAUAUUAUUGAAGAAUUUAGAAAACAAGCUAUUGAUAAUAUCCCAGCUCCUCCAGCUUUCGAAGAUGAAGAAGAUGAAGGUGAAGAUUUAUGUAAUUGUGAAUUCUCAUUAGCUUACGGUGCUAAAAUCUUAUUAAACAAAACUCAAUUUAGAUUAAAGAGAAAUAGAAGAUAUGGUUUAUGUGGUCCAAAUGGUGCUGGUAAAUCUACUUUAAUGAGAGCUAUUGCUAAUGGUCAAGUUGAAGGUUUCCCAACCCCAGAAGAAUGUAAAACCGUUUAUGUUGAACACGAUAUUGAUGGUACUGAAGCUGAAACCUCAGUUGUUGAUUUCGUUAUCCAAGAUGGUGAAGUUGGUUUAACCAAAGAUGUUGUUGAAGCUAAAUUAACUGAAUUCGGUUUCUCCGAUGAAAUGAUUGCUAUGUCUAUCCACUCAUUAUCCGGUGGUUGGAAAAUGAAAUUAGCUUUAGCCAGAGCUGUCUUAAAGAAUGCUGAUAUCUUAUUAUUAGAUGAACCAACUAACCAUUUAGAUACCGUUAAUGUUGCUUGGUUAGUUAACUACUUAAAAACUUGUGGUAUUACUUCCAUUAUUGUUUCUCAUGAUUCCGGUUUCUUAGAUAAUGUUGUUGAAUACAUUAUCCAUUACGAAGGUUUCAAAUUAAGAAAAUACAAAGGUAACUUAUCUGAAUUCGUUAAAAAAUGUCCAUCAGCUCAAUCAUACUAUGAAUUAGGAGCUUCUGAUUUAGAAUUCAAAUUCCCAGAACCAGGUUUCUUAGAAGGGGUUAAAACUAAACAAAAAGCUAUUGUUAAAGUUUCUAACAUGACUUUCCAAUAUCCAGGUACUUCAAAACCUCAAAUUAGAGAUAUCAAUUUCCAAUGUUCUUUAUCUUCAAGAAUUGCUGUUAUUGGUCCAAAUGGUGCUGGUAAAUCUACUUUAAUUAAUGUUUUAACUGGUGAAUUAUUACCAACUGAAGGUGAUGUUUACGUUCAUGAAAAUUGUAGAAUUGCUUACAUUAAACAACAUGCUUUCGCUCAUAUUGAUAACCAUUUAGAUAAAACUCCAUCUGAAUAUAUCCAAUGGAGAUUCCAAACUGGUGAAGAUAGAGAAACCAUGGAUAGAGCUUCAAGACAAAUUAAUGAAGAUGAUGAAAAGGGAAUGGAAAAAAUCUUCAAAGUUGAAGGUACUCCAAGAAGAAUUGCUGGUAUUCAUGCUAGAAGAAAAUUCAAAAACUCUUAUGAAUAUGAAAUUUCAUGGAUGUUAGGUGAAAACAUUGGUAUGAAAUCAGAAAGAUGGGUCCCAAUGAUGUCUGUUGAUAACACUUGGUUACCAAGAGGUGAAUUAAUGGAAACUCACUCCAAGAUGGUUGCUGAAGUUGAUAUGAAAGAAGCUUUAGCUUCAGGUCAAUUCAGACCAUUGACUAGAAAAGAAAUUGAAGAACAUUGUGCCAUGUUAGGUUUAGAUGCUGAAUUAGUUUCUCACUCUAGAAUUAGGGGUUUAUCCGGUGGUCAAAAAGUUAAAUUAGUUUUAGCUGCUUGUACUUGGCAAAGACCUCAUUUAAUCGUCUUAGAUGAACCAACCAAUUAUUUAGAUAGAGAUUCUUUAGGUGCUUUAUCAAAAGCCUUAAAAGCUUUCGAAGGUGGUAUUGUUAUCAUUACUCACUCAGCUGAAUUCACUAAAGAUUUAACUGAAGAAGUUUGGGCUGUCUUAGACGGUAGAAUGACUCCAUCAGGUCACAAUUGGGUCCAAGGUCAAGGUGCUGGUCCAAGAUUAGAAAAGAAAGGUGAUGAUGAAGAAGAUAAAUUCGAUGCUAUGGGUAACAAGAUUGCCGCUGCUAAAAAGAAGAAGAAGUUAUCAUCUGCUGAAUUAAGAAAGAAAAAGAAGGAAAGAAUGAAGAAGAAGAAGGAAUUAGGUGAUGCCUACGUUUCUGAAGAUGAUGAUGAUUUCUAA